UUUUCUCCCCCUCUUUCCCCAAGAUAAGGACUCGUUAGGAUUUCUCGCCGAUCCUUUUAAAAGUUGCCGGGUGUUUCUUUACCUGUGUGAGGUUUCUGUUUGUCCGGGGGAUUUUCUCUACGUGCCAAGCGCCUGAGAAGUGUCGGGGCGAGUAGCUCUGCAUGCUCCUAAUUAGCCCCGUCUGACAGGUAGGUGGGAUAAAUGAAAAGUAAUCGGGCAGACUCUGCACUGCUUUUUUCUUAAAAGAAACACCAAGAAAAGCAAGCCAGCUCCCUGCCGCUCCUGGUGAAGUUCCUGUGACGAGCGCGCAGGAACGGCGGGUGGUCAGCGGGGUAACGCAAAGCUGAUUUCGGAAAGGACAGAAGAAAACCCAUUUCCACCUUCUCUGGGGACACGGGGCUUGCAGGGCAGCGUGCAGCGGUGCGGGCGGUGUUUUCUCUUGCAGCCUGACUCGGGCUCUGCUCCGCGUUCCGGCUGGCAGGGCUGCGAUGCCGCGGCUGCGCGUGCACCUCUGCUUCACCGGCGUGCUCUGCUGGCUGGCGCACGAGUCCGGCUCCUUCGCGCUGCCCAACGCCACCGAGCUCCUGUCCCCUCCCAGCAGCGCGGGGCCGGGGCCGGCUCCUGGCACCGGGGUGCCCCGCGGCCGCCGCCGCCGGUACCUGGCCCCCCGCGACAUGAGCGCCAUCCUGGACUACCACAACCAGGUGCGGGCGCAGGUGUCCCCCCCGGCCGCCAACAUGGAGUACAUGGUGUGGGAUGAGCGGCUGGCCAGGGCGGCGGAGGCGUGGGCUGUGCAGUGCGUGUGGGACCACGGCCCCCCCCAGCUGAUGAAGUACGUGGGGCAGAACCUCUCCAUCCACUCGGGCAGGUACCGCUCCGUGGUGGACAUGGUGCGGUCGUGGCACCGCGAGCAGCAGCACUACUCCUUCCCACACCCCCGCGAGUGCAACCCCCGCUGCCCCUCCAAGUGCAGCGGCUCCGUCUGCAGCCACUACACCCAGAUGGUGUGGGCGUCCUCCAACAGGCUGGGCUGCGCCAUCCACGCCUGCAGCAACGUGCGGGUUUGGGGCAGCACGUGGCGCCGCGCCGUCCUCCUCGUCUGCAACUACUCCAUCAAGGGCAACUGGAUCGGGGAGGCGCCCUACAAGGUGGGGCGGCCGUGCUCAGCCUGCCCGCCCACCUACGGCGGGGUCUGCUCCAACAACAUGUGCUUCACGGGACUCAAAUCCAACCAAGUGAGCUGGUUUUAGGGCUGCGGCAGCGCUCCACGCGCCCCCCCCCCCCCCCCCCCCCGCUCCACCACCCACUGGGGACGGGGGAAAAGAGGAUUAUUUAUAACACCACGCUGCUUUUGGCCCUCUGACCCUCCUCCCUGUGCUGUGUUAGGUGUUAGGCAGGCUAUCAAACCCAUUUCAGCCCCAGUGCUCCCACCCUUUUUGGUCACCCCCCGGGGGCGCUGCCUUCUCCGGCUGCUUUGUGCCUGGGGGGCGCUGGGGACAGCUGGUGGUGGCCUGGGGCACAUGGGGGGAGUGGGGUUGAACGUCGUGUCCCUGCUGCGCGGGGCUGGGGGCUCUCCCUGCCACCCCGGGACUGGGAAGGGUCUAUGCAGUGACCGGCCAGACCGUCCCUUUGGGGUGAGCGACUGGAGCCCUCUGUGCAUGGCUCUGUGGGGACCCCAGCCACGGGCCCCAGCUCUGAGCACCCCAAUAAAGCGGUCUGGAGACCCGA